AGAGAAGACAGAAUUGGGGGGGAAUCAGUCACGUGAUACAAAAUACACCGAUUUGAUUGGUUGAAAUAUUGGUUACCAUCUCUCCCCAAUUUAUGAAGACGCUUGCUCACCUUCGAAACGACCGUCGGCCUCAGAAUAGUUCCAGAUGUGGCCAUGUUUAGUUAAUAUUUGAAGUUUCUCUUAUUAAUCAAUAAUACAAUAAUUCAACCGAUUUGCUGCGAUCGCCAUUAAGAUUUUAACAAAAAAAUAACUCCAUCGUAUCUCCAGAGAAAAUAAAAAUAGUCCGUCGAUCGUACCUCUAUCGAUUGCCCAUUUAAAAUAAAAGAUACAGAAUACAAAUAUUGGAUAUUUACGCGGUAGUUAAAAAUUAAUUUAUCGUUCAAUUUACUCGUACACUCGAGACGCUGCCAUUAAGUUGACAUGAAUAAACACGAAAAACAAAAAAAUUUUUUUUUGUAAUUGUCUGUCCACGAAUAUUUAGAUAGAAGUUUAUACAUAAGGAAAUAUAAUGUGAGAAGGCUUCUUCUGAAUUUAUUUCUCCGUGUUUCGAUUUUAUAAAAUUAUUUACUGUAUCUAAAGAUCGUGAUUUAUACUAGAAGUAAGUAAAUUGAAAAAAAAAAAAAAAAAAAGACGUGUGAGAAAAAAAUAGCUUUGUUUCAUUUCUUGGUAAAGUUAAAAUAUCUGGGGUAUUUACGUCGUUAAAUACGCGCGGGCGCAAUGACAUGACACAAUAUAUAAUAUUUAGAGGACAAACAUAACUUGACUAUAACGACAUACAUGUAGACACAGAUCGACAAAUCACGUGAUAAGAGGGGAGAAGUACAGAGUAACGAAGCGCGCAUAUACGGGAAAGAACCAAGCCCAGACGUUGUAUUAACAUUCGACGACAUCGGUGAUCGGCCAUGCCACGUCGACGAGAAUGACGUUGCUGCUGCACGGUUUAGGAUAAAGGGGACAAACUAUAAUAUUAAAAUCGAAUUACGAUACUUAGAGACGGCACACAGUGUUAUCAAUCUAAUGAAAAAAUAAUUUAAUUAAAUAAAUAAAUGUAAUAAAGUGAGGACUUGAAAAACGAGACACAUUAUAGUCAGAAUACGCGUUAAUAAGAAAGAGAGAGAGAGAGAGAAAAAUAGAGGGAGCGAAAGAGACAGAGAUAGAGAACGGGCGUUGGUGGGAAAUAUAGAACAAAGAAAAAAGACGACAAGAAGCAGUUGAAAUACGAGAAGUAUAAAAACCCAUGGACACUUUUGUCCAUCGUUGGGUUUUCUUAUACAAGUUCAUCAUCACGAGAUCAACAAAAAGUUUAAAUAAUUAACAAAUAAUGAUUAAAUAAUUUAUGCGAGGACAAAAUUUAAAGGCGUUCGAGUGUCUAGUCAAUUGAUCGAAUAAGAUUAAUUAUACUACUUUUUCGCGGAUUUUGGUAAUCAAAUUAUAAAUAGAAAUAAGGGCAGUAAAAUAGCUUGAUCGACGGAUAAAUAGCAGUUUUAAAAAUAAUAUAAUAAAAUACAGAGUCGAGUAAUCGAAUAUGGCACUUGAGAGUGUCACCGCGGCUGAGACUCUGAUUCAAAGCAAUGCAGAUGACGAUUUGGAGGACGGAGAAAUUCCUUCUGAUGAAGAUGAUGACUCAGCUGUACCUGUCGAAACAAAAGUCGAGCCACCUAAGCCAUCAUCAAAAUCAGAUUCAUCAAAGGACAAGAGUUCUGAUUCGAAAUCAAACAAUAAAUCUAGCAAUAAAAAAUCAUCGAAUAGCAGCUCUGGUAGCAACAAUAAAUCAGACCGAUUUGGGAAAUAUAAAAAUCCGUCCGAUGAUUGGGCGGGUGAUGUUGAAAAAGCUAUAAGAGCUGCUCUCGAAGAAAAUAAAUCGAAAAAUCAGGAUAAUAAAUCAAAAAAUAAAAGUAGUAGUAAUAGUAGUAGUAGUCGUUCCAGAAAUAAAAAAAGAAUCCGUGAUGAUAAAGAAGAUGAUCGUGCUAAAGAUCAAAAGAAAAAAAAAAUUAGUGACGACGAGAAUAUCAAUGAUGAUGACGAUGAAAUGCUUUUCGUUAGAGGAGCAUCACCAGUUCGCCGUGAAAAUCGAGAAAGCUCCCCGCCACCAUCUAGACGAUCACAUGAUCGAGAUAGCAUCGAAAAUAAUUCAGAUCGUGAUUCUGAUGGGAGAUCUAGUCGACAUCGAGACCAUGAUAAACGAAGCACCUCCAGUGGCCGUGGAUCUAGUCGUCGUUCGAAAAAUGAUCGUGGAUGUAAAAAUAAAGCUCGUACACAAUUAAGAAAUGAACGAAGCGGUAGACGGAAUCAAAAUAAUGAUAAUGUCCAAGACGCUGAUUCUAUUUGUGUGUAUUAUAUGCAAGGUAAAUGCCAUCGUGGUGAUGAUUGCCCUUUUUCUCAUAAUGCAUUACCGCCACGUAAAAUGGAACUUUGUAAAUUUUAUCUUAUGGAUUGCUGUGCUAAAAGAGAUAAAUGCCUUUACAUGCAUCAUGACUUUCCCUGUAAAUUUUUUCACACUGGUCUGAAAUGCAAUCAAGGUGAUAAUUGUAAAUUUUCUCAUGAACCUUUAAAUGAACAGGUAAAAAAUAUUCUUUUGAAGCAUCUUGAAACUGCUCCAAAAGAAAUUUUAGGUGAAUUCCCUCGACUCAGUAGAGAAGGUGCGUUAAUGAUGAUUAACAAUACAGCAAGAAAUUUAGCACAAGGUCAAGAUGCAAGUACUCAAAAAAUACCUAGUUUAUUUGAUGUUACACUACCAGCACCAACAAAUAAUCUGACAAAUAAUGAUAAAGACGAUGAUGGUUUAAAUCAGAUGGAUCAAUUAAAUCAUCAGAAGAAAUCAAACUCAUCUAAAGACCGUAAACCAGCUGGUAAAAAGACUCGCUGGGGUUCUGAUGAUGACAGAGUACCUUUGGAACAAAUAAUGUUACUUCAAUCAGUUAGUCAACUUGGUAUUCUUCCUAAUGUUGCACUCAGCCUUGCUGUUCAGCAACAGCUUCAGCAGCGUAUGCUAAUUCAACAGUGUUUUGCAAAUAUGGAUUUUUAUAAUGAGAUUCAAGGCAAUGCUUUAGUUGAAACAGAAGCAAAUAAAUUGAAAAAUAAAAUCAAUUCUGAUAAUAAAGUUGAUGAAAAAAUCCAAGAACAAAUGAAACAGAGUACUGUUCAGUCGCAAGAUGUAGAUUUACGUCAACUUUUAGCCAAUAAUCCUAAAUCUUCACCAUCAGUAAGUACUGUAACUGAUCAAGUAACUACUUCAACAGAACCUAAAGUCGAUGAGGAAAGUGAUCAUGAUGGAGAACCUGAUCUCGUUAUUGCUGUACCAACGGAUGAUGAUGAUAAAAAUAAAGAUACAAAAGAUAAAAGCACUGAAGUAAAUGAAUUCGGUACAAAAAAAGAGUCUUCCUUAGAAAAAAUAGAUAAUUCUAAUAAUAAUCAUGAAAGUAAUCAGGAGAUGCUUCCUAAUUUACCGAAAAAAGCUCAAGAAUUAUUUUUACGAAUUCAGCAGCAACAGAGAGCUGCUAAUAAUAGUAUUGGUAACGUUGAUGAUAAAUGUGCCGCUGAUGAUGCUUCAAAAAAUCAAGAUGAUUGGUAUUCCGAUGAUGAUGAUGGUGGUAAUGAUGAUGAUGACGACGACGAUGAUGAUGAUGAAGGUGGUAAUUUACAAAUUGUUAUUAAAGAUAAUUUAAAAGAUGAAAGUGAAAAAAGUGAUUUAGAUACUCCAACGAAAGAAAAUCCAAUAGUUCCAGAACCUGUUGGUAUUCCUCAACCUGCUGUUAUAGUUGACAAAUUAGGUAAUCUUAGUAAAAUAGACAUAAGUGCUGAAGUAACAAAAUUACUUUCGUCGAUAAAACCACAAGGAUCUUUAUCAAAAAAGAAUUCCGGAGUUGAGUCACCGUCGAGAAGUAAUGAUAGUAAAAAUAAUAAUUCAUCUUCAGAUAGUACUGAAAAAGUAUCAUUGAAAAAAUCGGAAAAUGGAAGCGUGAGUCCUAAAUCAUCAUCAAAUGCUGGAUCAGUUUCAAGAGAUCCAAGAAUGUCAAGAGAUCCACGUCAGCGACGAGCUGAAGAGACAAGAACAAGUAGUCCCAGUCGAUCUGAUUCAAAAAAAGAAUCACAAUCUCUCCGACUGGAAACGAGUAUUUAUUCAUCAGGAAUUACUGCGUCUGAUGAAGGAAUAGAUGCAGAUUUUCGAGCACAUGAUCAAGAUCACCGAAGACCUGAUUUAGACCUUCGUCAACGUUAUCAGCAGGACUUUGGUGAUACUGAUUUACGAGUUGCAGCUGGUAAUUUUAUAGAACCACAGGUUGGUUCUGAUGUUGAUCUUAGGCAAAUGUUGAGUUUACCAUUUAAACCGGCUCCAUCACACGUUCCAUGUACGGAAAUUGAUGCUAGUAUUGCGUCUCAUGCUCCAGUAUCAUAUAAAGUAUAUGUCGUUGAUAUUCCUCGACCAAAUUACAGUGGAUUAAAACUAACUAAAAGUGAUUCACUUGUUAAAUAUGAUCCUCGUCUACGUAAAAUAUUCCGUCUCUCUCAAUCAGAUAUUGUAGAUUCACCUAUGUCACCACCACCUGUGAAACCUGACACACCAAAAUCACCACCACCUCCACAAGUACGAAUGGAUCCACGUAGAAAAGCUCUUGAAAUAACAAUGCAAUCUUCACAAGCUAUUGGAUCAAGUGGAAUUAUGGGUCUAGGAAUGGGUUCACAACAACAAUCUCAAGACAUAUCUAUGGGAAUAACUGCUUCAGGAAUGCAAUCAUCAGCUGGUAUGGGAAUGGCAAUGGGACAGAAUUCAAUGAUGAAUAAUAUUGGACUGAUGAAUCCCAUGAUGAAUAAUUCUAUGCAACCACAAAAUAUGACGCCUCUUGGUAUAGGAGGUAUGGGAAAUAUUUCAUCAAUGGGACCAAAUAAUCCUCCAAUAGUACCUAACCAAAUGGGAUACGAUCCACGAUACCAAACACAUAGAAACGGGGGUCCAGGUUUACUUGGACCAGCACCUGUUCUGGGAUUUUCUGAUCCGCGUGACGGUCCUAACUAUGACGGACCAUCUUAUCCUGCAGGUAAUUUUGGUAAUUUUGGACCAAAUUCGAUGGCCAAUGAACCAAUGAUGGCUUAUGGUCCUAACAAUAUGAAUUUUGGUAAUAAUGGGCAAUCUGAUUGGGCAAAUAAUAACCAGAAUUCAAUUAGGCGAGGUGGAAGAAUAAGAAGAAGGAAUAGAAAUCGAACAAAUGCUGGAUCAAGAAAUAAUAGAUCACCUCCUUAAAUUAAAUUUUCUAUUAUAUAAAAAAAAAACAUUUUUAUAUUAUGUCGGGUAGAAUAGAUCGCCUUUAUGAUUUUACAAAAAAAAUCUAUAAAUAAAGAUAUUUAAAUAAAUUAUAUGGACAAUU